AUGGUUUUAGACAUGGCAAAAUUGCUUACAUUUCCUCUUCCACUUUUGUCGGUUGCUCAUCAGCAACUCAUAGCAGGUUGUUCACAUGGUCGCAGAGAUGAUGAUGAUGCUACAUUGCUCAAGGUUUGGGAAAAAGUACUUGGAGUGAAUAUUGUAGAUGCAGCCAAUGCGGAAACUUAUGAUCCUGAGGAACUGGCAAAACAAAUUUCUGCUAAAUCAGAUUCCAUAAACCGAAUUGGUUUCAUUGGUCUCGGAGCAAUGGGAUUUGGCAUGGCAACUCACCUGCUGAGAUCAAAGUUCUGCGUUCGUGGUUAUGAUGUAUAUGAGCCAACACUGUCUCGAUUUGCAAAUGCUGGUGGCUUGAGGGGGAGCAGCCCUGCAGAAGUAUCAAAAGAUGUAAAUGUUCUUAUAGUCAUGGUAACAAAUGAAGCUCAAGCUGAAAGUGUUCUAUUUGGUGAUCUUGGCGCUGUGUCUGCCCUUCCAUCCGGAGCAUCUAUUAUCCUUUCAUCUACUGUUUCUCCUGCAUUUGUCAGCCAGCUAGAGCGACGGUUGCAAAGUAGGUUUUGUUCUUUGUGCUUUAAAUACCCUUUUUAG